UAUGUUAAAUUAGUGAAACAAUUAUAGAAAAUAAAUUUAACAAAAUUCAUAUAUUUAUAUAUUUUUUUAUAUUUAUAACAGAUAAUUAUUUCUGAAAAGUUAUUAUUAUAAUUGUUUAUAAUAAUAAUAAAUAUAUAAAUUUGUAAUAUGGAUGAUGAAUUAGAAGACAAAAUUAUUUAUCAGACAUAUUUAUCCCACAUGAAGCUGAUGUCGAAAAUUGCUGUCGGUGGGUUAUUACCUGCCGGAAUAAAUCCACAAUUAGUUUAUUUUUGGAAACUGAUGCGUUACUAUGCUUUAAAACCAGAGAUUGUAUUUUGUGGCGCAAUAAUACUAAUUAUCAUCUAUUACCUCCAAGCUGUUGACACUUGGAGCAGAAGUUUGAUACAUAAAUUACACUACACCGUUUACAAAACGAAUUCCAAGGUGUCAAAAUUACAAUUUCUUAUCAACAAUGUUAACACAAACGGUGAUAAGGUUAGUUGGGAGUUGGAGCAGAACAAUGUCGCAGCUUACGCGGUCCAAGGUCACAGAGAUCAUAUGGAAGAUCGUUUUAUAGUAAAUAAUGAUAUUGAUAAUACUGGAGUGUCAUUAUUUGCUGUCUUUGAUGGUCAUGGUGGUGAGUUUGCAGCAGACUACGCGCGAGAUAAACUGAUUCCCAGUAUAAAUAGCAGAGUCAUCGAACUAAAAAAUAUAAUUUCCGGUAAAGUUAAAGCUCCCGUCCAAUCAGACGAGCUCAUAAAUAAAGAAAACCAUAACAACAAUGAUAAUGAAGAACCUGUCAAAAAAAAUGACGAUGAUUGGAGCAAACGGCGAAAGUCUUUAAAAAAAACAGUCAGUGCCUCGCACACCGACGACUGCAUGGAAAACAAGACAAUAACAGACCCGGUAUUACUGGGCAAGUUGGACAGCUUGCCUCGCCCGAUAACUCGGGAAGUGAAGCCCGGUAUUUGGACAGCUAAAAAUAAACCAAGACAAGUUGACAUCAAUAGUUACCUUGAACAAGACACUGCUAAUAGUAGUAGCAGUAGUAGUGGCAGAAAAAAAAUAAACUAUCAGAAAUUAUUGACCGACGAAGUGCUGGCUGCGGACAGUCUACUAGUUGAUGCAGCGAAAAAAAAUAUGGACGUUGCCGGUUCGACGGCACUGAUCGUUAUAUUGGAUGGUAAAAAACUCAUCGUUGCAAAUGUCGGUGAUUCACGUGGAGUUAUGUGUGACAGUAAAGGUAACGCGAUACCUCUGUCAUUUGAUCACAAGCCGCAGCAGCAGCGGGAGAGACAGAGGAUAAAUAAAGCUGGUGGUUUGGUGACCUUUAAUGGCGUAUGGCGAGUCGCUGGUAUUCUAGCGACGUCGAGAGCACUUGGAGACUAUCCGCUUAAAGACAAAAAAUUUGUUAUCGCAGAUCCGGAUAUUUUGACAUUUGAUCUCAAGGAUCACGAUCCGAUGUUUUUGAUUCUCGCUUCUGAUGGACUGUGGGAUACGUUUUCUAAUGAAGAGGCUGUUGCUUUUAUUAAACAACGACUUGAUGAACCUUUUUAUGGAGCUAAAAGUAUUACACUGCAAAGUUAUUACAGGGGAUCAUUGGACAAUAUCACUGUGAUAAUAAUUAAUUUUAAAGACAAAAAGUACAGCGUUGUUGAAGAAAAAAAAAGUGUAUAAUAAAUUAUUAUUAUUUUAAAUAACUUAUUUAUUUUAUUAUUAAUUAUUAUUAUUGUUAAAUUAAUUAAAAAUUUUAAUCAUCUAGUCUACGAUCUAUUAUUGAAUUUCAAAGGAACCUAAUUUACGACAAAAAAAAAUCAACUUUUCAAAUUUUAUACCGGUUUCCU